UAAUAUACACGGGUUGACCAUCAAAUGAAGUUCCCAUUGACUGGUGCUCUGCAAAACUUCCUAGGGGCUUUGUUUGAGGGAAAUAUCAAAGUUGGUAGGCCAACAGUUGGGUUUCCUCCCAAAUUUAACCCUCUUCGCAAUCUAUAAAAUGGGGUAGUUUUGCCACACAAACAACACCAAAGAAAAGAAGAAGAAGCUCAACAAAAACAAACAAAAAAAACCAAGAAGAGAUCAUGAAGGCUGCAUACUCAUUGCGUGUGGUUGUAUGCUUGUUCUUGGUGGUGGUUGGUGUUUUGGUUGAGGUGGUUCCAAUGGCAGAAGGGGACACGACGCCCAGCCAAUGCAAGCAGGAGAAGGACCUUCUUGAGAGUGCAUGCAAGAGUGCAGUGAUCUAUAAUAUAAUAGGACGCAGCCCCUCUGCGUACUGCUGCCAACUUGUAAGGGUGACACAUGUCGAGUGUGUGUGCCCUUAUGUCACCCCUAAGCUAGCCAGUCUGAUCCCUCUCCGUCGUACGAUUAAGCAGAUUGAAGGCUGUGGAAGAAGCGUCCCUCGCGACUUCAAGUGUGGCAGUAUCACCACUCCACCAUAAGAUAAGAAGACGAAUAUUCUAGCUAGCUACAAGAAUAAAUUAUUAUGCUUGAUUAUCAAAUAAAGAAUAAUCUAAUUUGCUUUCUUUGAAGUGCACAAUCAUGUGCACUUACGCAUUAGAGAGUGGAGGGAAGGGGACAAAGAUGUAUGACUUUCCUCAAAUAAAAGUGAAUUAUAAGA